GACUAAAUUAACGCUGCAAAGUUCCUGAAAUUUUUUUACAGGCAGCUGAGCUGAACUGAGCGCAGCACAGCACAGCACAGCACACCGUCCCUCCCUCUUCCUCUCUCUGACUUCAAGUUUGCUGUGAGUUUCUCUCUUUUCAAUCAGAUCUUUCUUUCUAUUCGGAUGGAUUAUAGUUCUGGGGAAGAGUCAGAUAUCAGUGAGUCAGAGAUCAAUGAAUACGUAGAAAAACCUUAUCAACAACUAAGAGAUAAGACAUAUAAAGUAAAGGUAAAAGGAAGCUUAAGAUGCCCCUUUUGUGCUGGGAAGAAAAAGCAGGGUUACAAAUACAAAGAGUUGCUUCAACACUCUUCAGGAGUUGGUAAAGGAUCUGCCAACAGGAGUGCAAAGCAAAAGGCAAACCACCUUGCCUUGGCAAAGUAUCUGGAGAUUGACCUGGCCAAUGAGGCAGAACCAAACCUACGGCCAUCUUCUUCUCAAGCUCCUGUUAAAACUCCAAAGGAAGAUGAGCUCUAUGUGUGGCCUUGGAUGGGAAUUAUUGUUAACAUUGUGGCUGACACAAAGGAGAAAAUGGCUCUGCUUGAGAAGGCGUACUGGUUAGAAAAGUUCUCCAGAUACCAACCUUCAGAUGUUCAAAUAUUCUGGAAUGAACAAGACCAAGCAGGGCAGGCCAUAGUGAAAUUCAAUAGUGAUUGGAAAGGUUACCUCAUAGCAACAGAAUUUGAUAGAGCAUUUGAAGGGGAGAAUCAUGGCAAGGUGCAUUGGAGUGAACAACAAACAAAUCCUGGUUCAGAUGUUUAUGGUUGGUCUGCACGUGCUGAUGAUUAUCAGUCUGGGGGCCUAAUAGGGGAUUAUCUUCGAAAGGAAGGAAAGUUAAAGACUAUUUCCGAGAUUCAAAGAGAAGCCAAAGAGGAUAGGAAUAGUGUUGUGGAACAGCUGGCUAAUAAAAUUGAUUUGACAAAUGAAGAUCUUAAUCAGCUGCAGUACAAGUACAAUGAGAAGAACAUGACAUUGAGCAGGAUGGUUGAAGAGAAGGAUAAGCUACACCUUGCUUUUUUGGAAGAGACAAGGAAGGUUCAGAGGCAUGCGCGUGACAGUGUCCGAAGAGUCUUGGAUGAACAGGAAAAGCUAAAUUAUGAACUUGAAGCAAAGAAAAAGAAACUUGAUAACUGGAGCAAAGAAUUGAACAAACGUGAAGUUCUAACAGAGCGUGAAAGGCAAAAGCUUGAUGAAGAGAAGAAAAAGAAUGAUGACAGAAACAGUUCCCUUCAAUUGGCUUCCUUGGAGCAGCAAAAGGCUGAUAAGAAUUUCUUGACAUUGAUUGAAGAGCAAAAGAGGGAGAAAGAAGAAUACCUGAAGAAAAUACUUCAGUUAGAAAAACAGCUGGACGCUAAACAAAAAUUGGAAAUGGAGAUUACAGAAUUGAAAGGUAAGUUGCAGGUGAUGAAACAUCUAGGAAAAGAUGAUGCAGCUGUGCAGGAUAAGAUGAAAGAGAUGAAUGAUGAGUUGGAACAGAAAAUUGAGGAUUUGCAAGAGAUGGAGUCUAUGAAUCAGGCUCUUCUUAAAAAGGAGCGCCAGAGCAACGAUGAGCUGCAAGAAGCCCGGAAAGAGUUAAUUGCGGGUUUUGGAGAUUUGUUGGGUGCUCGAACAAACAUUGGACUAAAAAGAAUGGGGGACAUUGAUCAAAAACCAUUUCAGAAUAUUUGUAAGCAAAGAUUCUCGCUUGAUGAAGCAAUGUUCCAGGCCAGUACACUAUGCACCUUGUGGCAGGAUAAACUUAAAAAUGCUGAGUGGCAUCCAUUUAAAAUAAUAAGUGUUGGAGGGAAUCAUCAGGAAAUUUUAGAAGAAGAAGAUGAGCAGCUACAAAAUCUAAAGCAGGAUUGGGGGGAUGAAAUAUACUCUGCUGUCGUAACAGCUCUGAAGGAAUUAAACGAGUACAACCCUAGUGGGAGGUACAUAAUUUCUGAACUCUGGAACUUUAAGGAAGAAAGGAAAGCCACAUUGAAGGAGGUCAUUGCUUAUAUUGUGAAGAAUAUCAAGUCACUCAAACGAAAGAGGAAUUGAUGUCAAGGAUCCAUGAUGACAAUUUGAGGAGUCUAGAGCUGUGUGCAGCCUUAAGCUGGAAGGAAGAAUAACAUGGUGGUGGAUAAGUGUCCAAAGUGGACCAGAUAACGCUAGCCUAUAAACCGGACUCGCAGUUCUCUGUGUGUUAAAUUCAGUUCCUGUGGGAAACUGUUCUCUGAAUUGUUGAUCUGUUAACCUGUAUUAUUACCAUCAUAAAACUACCAUUUUCUC